AUGAAAGUGCCGGAAGUCUUUGCAGCUGUGUGUGCAGCAUUGUCUGUGAUGUGCUCGUGGCCACUGGUCAUGACUGCAGCCGUUAGUCUGUGGCGUUCACCGCCUACCACGGAUUCCGCGGUUUACUUCGAUACUCCCUACACUUCUUGA